AUGCCUAGUGGUGAGUUUGGGAGAUUAGGCCACGGGAACUCAAGGGACUUGUUUACUCCGCUGCCAAUCAAAGAAUUUCAUGGCAUUCUUAUAAAGCAGAUUGCUUGCGGUGAUAGUCAUUGUUUGAUUGUGACCAUGGAAGGAGAGCGAAGCUCUGCAUUUUCAUCAGCAAAAACCAUCCGCAAAUCCUCAGGUUCCAAAUUUCACUCCAAUUCGAGAGAUAUGGAUCGAAUCAGCGAGUUAUCAGAUGAGUUGCUGAUUGAGAUCCUAUCGCGUCUUCCAACAAAAGAUGCUAUCUCCACUUGCAAGCUGUCGAAACGAUGGAAGUGUCUCUGGAUGUAUUUGCCGAAACUUGAUUACGGAGGAUGGAACUGUGAUUCGUUGUAUGUGACAUUUUGCCGAGUAGCCUGUAUGCUUGCAGAUCUCUUGUGGUCUUGA